CCGGCAGAGGUUAUCUCAUUCGUCGCCGCACAGUCGCAUAAGCUAUACUCACUUGUGCAACUAUGUGAAAUAAAUUCGAAAUGCGUUUUGUUCUCUCGCUAUUAAUAUUGUCGUGUUUGUUGUGCGUGUUUGUGUUGUGUUCAGACAUGAUUAUCGGCGAUACUGUACACAGGAAGAUGGUGUUCCACCAGAGGGUUAAAGAUUUUGCGAUACCCUUCAAAAAGAGAAUACAGACUUUAACGUAUACUGACCCAGAAAAGCGGACGAUAAAGGGAGUAGCAGCCAUAGACAAUGACUUCUCCCAUGCCAGUGCCAACAUCACCGAUGGUGGCGUAGGAUAUUCUUACGUCACAGUCAGAAUGAAAAGCCAGAGACAUCAUCCUCUGAACUUUGAAUUGGAAAUAUACGUCUAGUGUGAUAAAAUGGUGGAAGUGAACAAGGUAAAGAGAUUGCAAGACAGCUCUAAGACUUGGUGCAAAAAGUGGGACUUCUGAUGAAGAAAAUUUGUCGUGUGAGGAUCGGAAAAUGAGCAAAUGUGGUCCUUCUAGUUAUUGAUUUUUAAGUUAAUGCUAAUUUAGAAUGAAUUAUCGAUAUAUUUUUGUUAUCCUGAGUAUUCUAGUACACUACAAAUAAUAAUGGCUGAAUGUACCAAAAACGCAACUUCUUAUAACCUUACUUUCUUCAAAGAUUUCAAAUAAAGUUUUCGUUCGUUUGCUCUUCUAUGAUUUGAUUUAAAGAAACCAAAGUUAAUGCUAAUUUCUCGUAGUAACAACCUUUGUCCCUUUGUAUGCAGUAGGCACCUAGGGUAGGGGGAACCCCUGUACUAGGAUGACUAAGCGGUAAGUAACCGUCUCGCCUAAUGUCACUAUUAGUACCAAACUGACAUUAUCCUCAAAUAGUAGGUUAACAUCAUCAUUAGCCGUUUCAAUACUCCAUGAGUCAUAGAAAGCGUUAUAAAUAGAUUUAAACUUAAAACAUUUAAGUAAUGUUUAAGUCUUUGAGAAAUCUCUUUUCUAAUGGGCUGCGUGCCAAAGUGACACAUUGAUUUGGUACCCAUAUCUGGAUGUAAGGAAACUAAUUGUCGACGAAAACAAUAGCACGUUUCCUUAUGUGUUUAGUAUUGAUGUCAGACACCUGACAUGAUAUAGUGCGUCUAUGCUACAUACAUACUACUGUUAAACUAUUCUAAUAUAACAAAGAGGCAAAAUUUUUUGUUCGUUUGUACCCCAAAAGGCGCCAAAACUACUGGACCAAUACGAAAAAAAUGUUUCACUGUUGGAAAGUUACACUCUUCCCGCGUAACGAGGCUUAUAUUUGUAUACCUUUACGGAAUUAAAGGAUAGAAUAUGUAGCUGUCGCUAUGGGAUGCGGGUGAAAACGCAGGAAAAUGGCUAGUUUUAUUAAUAAAAUUUAUAACAUCGGUAUGUCUUCGUCGACAACGUUCGUAACAAUGCGUCGAGCGUGAUUUGCAAUCGAAACUAGAAACCCAACAAUACCUGUUUGAAUAGCUAUUAACUCAUUAGUAAUUAGAGUACUUUUGAGGAUGUUUGUCGUUUAUGUUUACUGUACAAAUGCUCUACUCUAAGAUACAUAACAUAAUGAUGCGUAAGUAGUCACGUUUGCACUAGUUAAGGCAUGAUUGUAUUUCAAAUAUAACUUCCUACAUUUAGUCUACCUAUUUGAGAGAAUGUUUAAGUUGAGAUGACAAACACACAUACUCGUUUUUUUUUUGUAAAGUAAAAAUGUUAAUUUUUAUAUUCUUGUUUGUUAUUUUUAUGGCAGUUUUUUGUCAAAGGUAAGGAAAACAUUAAAUGUAUAUAAACAGCAAUAAAAUGUAUGAAGUUAGGCACCCUUAGCGGUUUGUAUAUUCACUGUAAAGUUAAGAAUUAGGUUAUGGGCUUGACGCUCAAAUAUUACAAUGACAAUUUAAAUGUUACUUCAGUUUUAAGAACUUUAAAAAAAUUAUAGGUAACUUUUAUAAUUUGGUUUUGAAGAUUUUGUAAUAUCAUAAAUAAUUAUAAAGAUUAUUGCUUUCGAAAAUGUAUUCAAAGAUAUGAUCAAUGAGUAUUUGUUAAGAGUUUAAUGAAUAUUAAUAGUUCCUUGGCUUAUGUAUAUUAUGUAAAACGAUCUGUAUAAAUAAUUAAUUAUAUUACAGAAGAUGUAUAAAUAGGAGCACUAUAAUGUAUAAUUAAAUGCAAGUCAAUGAGA